AUGGCGGCGGCCGAAUCGGCAAGGAUCCAGGAAGCGCAGAAGCUCGCCAAGUCCGACCCUCGAAAGGCUGAGGCCAUCUACAAGGACAUCAUCUCCAAGGCUCCCAGCACCACAUCUGAUGCCGCUACUCGCGAGUAUGAGACUGCUCUGAUCAGCCUAGGAGAGCUGUACCGAGACGAGAAGAAGACGCAAGAGUUGGUGAACCUAGUCAAGGAGAGCCGGACAGUAUUCUCUUCCUUUGCAAAGGCCAAGUCAGCAAAGCUCGUUCGCCAACUGCUCGACCUCAUCAAGGAAAUCCCCGAUAGCACCGAUGUCGAAAUCUCCGUCACCAAAGACUGUAUAGAAUGGGCCACCGCCGAGCGCCGCGCUUUCCAGAGACAAGACCUCGAGGUCCGCCUUGUUGUUCUUCAGAUGGCUAAGCAAUCUUACUACGAAGCUCUCGGUCUCAUCAACAACCUCCUCCGCGAGCUCAAGCGCCUCGACGACAAGCUCCGCCUCGUCGAAGUUCAGCUCCUCGAGUCCAGAGUUUACCAUGCUCUUGGCAACAUCCCCAAGUCCCGUGCCGCCCUUACCAGCGCGCGAACAAGCGCUGCCAGCGUAUACACUCCCCCGAUGCUACAGGCGAACCUCGACAUGCAAAGUGGUAUGCUCCAUGCUGAGGACAAGGACUUCAACACCGCUUUCUCGUACUUCAUCGAGGCUCUCGAUGGCUACCACUCCCAAGAUGAGAACUCCAGGGCCCAAGCUGCCCUUCAAUACAUGCUUCUCUGCAAGAUCAUGCUCAACCUAGUUGACGAUGUCAACAACCUCAUGACCUCAAAGCAAGCCCUCAAGUAUGCUGGCAAGAACCUAGAGGCUAUGAAGGCUAUUGCUCGUGCGCACUCAAACCGAUCACUAGAGGAGUACGAGCGAGCUCUUUCUUCUUAUAGAUAUGAGCUGGGCAGCGAUGCUUUUAUCCGUAACCACCUCCGGCGUCUAUAUGAUGCUAUGCUUGAGCAGAAUCUCAUCAAGGUCAUCGAGCCUUUCUCGCGCGUGGAGAUUGACCACAUCGCUAAGAUGGUUGGCCUCGACACCCAGCAGGUUGAGCGAAAAUUGUCGCAGAUGAUCCUGGACAAGGUCAUCAUCGGCGUUUUAGACCAGGGCGCUGGCUGCCUUAUCAUCUUCGACGAGACUCACCGAGAUGAGUCGUACGAUGCGGCUCUGGCGACUAUCGAGAAGUUGAGCAGCGUCGUGGAUGUAUUGUACACGAACCAGGCAUCCAUGCUGGAAUAA